CCCUACUUCCUUCUCAAGCCAAGCCGAACUCCUCCUCUUCUUCCUCCGCUCGUCCUCCCAAACCCGCGCCGCGAAUCUGCUGCCGCCGCUGCGUCCGUCUCGGUUUUGCGCCGCCGGUGAAGAUGUUGUCGAGGAUCUCCCGCCUCGGCGUCCACGCCCUGAGCCGGGCGAGGCUAGGUCAAAAGUCAGUAAAUUCAAGGAAUCAGGAAGAACCAAUUAGAGCUUGUAUGAACUAUGUGGGUAAUCAUUCUCUAUGUUCCGCCAUGGGAGAUAAAGUCAGUGACAGGAGCGAACAGCCAAAAGCUAAGAUAUCUGUGACAUUUGUUGAUAAGGAUGGCGAUGAAACGGUUAUCAAUGUUCCUAUUGGGAUGUCAAUGCUGGAAGCUGCUCAUGAGAAUGACAUAGAACUUGAAGGAGCAUGUGAGGGCUCUCUUGCAUGUUCUACCUGUCAUGUGAUUGUAACGACUACUAUAACAAAUUGGAAGAUCCUGAAGAUGAGGAAAACGAUAUGCUGGACCUUGCUUUUGGGCUUACAGAAACGUAUUCUUAUCUUUUUUGUGAAAUUGUACAAAAUGCAUUACUCCAGUUAAACUAAUCUGGUCCCAUUGUUUUAGAUCUCGCCUUGGCUGCCAAGUAAUUGCAAGCCCUGAACUUGAUGGCAUAAGACUAGCACUGCCAGCAGCUACCAGAAAUUUUGCUGUUGAUGGGCAUGUCCCAAAACCACACUAACUAAGCACUGGGUAUGUUGCAUACCUGCUCAGUUUUGCAGAAUAUGAGAUAUAGUUACUUUUGUUUUUCAUCUUGUUGUAUCUGUAUCCUCAACAUUUGAAUUCUGUAGUCCUUGGCAAGAUAGCGAUUAUCGUCAACUUGCUCCGUCAAAUAACACUUGUAAAAUUCAUUGGAA